AUGUCAUCUCAAACAGCAGCUUAAUAUAGAAUGUACUUGGGUGCUAGAGUGUUGUGGCCACCUGAUUGUCCAGAUGAUAUAUUGGAAGGAGCUAUAAAUGAAACACAGAGCUGUUUGAAAACAUACGAAGCAAAAGAUGGAUAAAAGAUGGCAGAACAUUUGAAGAAGUAUUUGGAUACUAACUUUGAACCAUUUUGGCACGUAUUUUUUGGUAAGAAUUUCGGAUGCCAUUCUAUUCAUGAAAAAAGAAGAUUUAUCUACUUUUACAUUGAUAAAACAGCAUACCUAUUUUACAAAACAUAAUGAAAUAUAUAUAUAUCAGAGAUAUUCAAUUUUACAUUUAAAA